GAGUGGCAGCAGGAUGCCUGAACUGGACAACUUUCCCCCCCUGAGGGGACAUAGAGGCCCUGAACUGGGCCUCAAUGGUCAUGUUGACCCAGCUCAGAUUCAGCACAGCAUACUGGAGGAGCAGGUGGAGCUGUGGUGGUUCAGAGAUCCAGGGAAGUCUCUGCUCUGCUACUGCGUUGCUGUAUUUCUAAUUCUGGGCUGCGGGCUUGGAGGAGUCGGCCUUCUCUCCACCACCACCAGCGUUUCAAGCGAAUGGCGGCUUGGCGCAGGCACAGCCCUCUGCCUGCUAGCCCUGGGGGUCCUACUUAAACAACUGCUCAGCUCAGCUGUGCAGGACAUGAAUUGUGUUCGAAGCCGGCAGCGCAUUGACAUGCUAAAAAGCGGAGGUUUAUCGGAUCUCCUUGUGGUUUUGAUUACCGGACUGUCACUGUUGAUUUGUGGAGGGGUUCUACUACAUCUGGCCCUGGCUAACCACAUGCCAAAGCCUGGCCAAGCCCUUAAUGACAUGUACAUCUCUGGAGUAGUCUUGCUGGCUGGAGGGGGGGCUGCAGUUUUGGGCGUUGGAAUAUACUCAGUUGUGGUGGUCCUCCUUGAGAGGACAAGGCACGGACGACGGUUUGUGGAUCAGGUUUUGAAUAUUUUCACUGUGUCUGGACACAUGGACCGCCAGGCUCGCAGAGAGACUACCUCCAGUCUGGCUAAUCUCAUAUGAGAUGUAACCACACCAAGGUUGGGUAUUUUGGCCCUUAGCUCUUCACGUCAGAACAUUAGACCUCACCUAAGUUGGCUUCAUGCCCAAACUUAAGGAGAAAUCUGACUAAAAUGAAAAAGUCA